GGCGACUGUUGAACUGGAGGGGGGGAAAAGGUCGGAAAAAGUUGCCCGUCCAGUCUCCAGUUGCAGUGCGAUGAGGUGUUCUGCGUGGAACAUGUGACAGCUGGAUUUAUCGUUUCCGAAUUGCGUGCGUGAAUUGCCAGUGCGUCCAACACACUGAAGUUGCUUCUGUGUUUUCGUCCGUCGGUGUUCGAUCGCCGCUCGUGUGAAUUUUGAACAAAGUGUGUGAAUGGAUACCAGACGGCGGAUGCUGUAGCUGCAACCUAGCGGAGUGUUGGAAACAGAUUCCCCAAGAUGGCGAGGACGGCGGCGGUCCUCGUGUGCUGGUGGCUCUCGCUGCGGUGUGUGUUCGCCAAGCCCGGUCUGUGCGAGGUGGAGACGGGACAGUCCAGCAUCAUCCUGGACAUCGAGGAGAGCAGAGACAGCCAGACGGGGCAGACGACGACGCCCGUGGAGCUGCCUGUGGUCGGCGACCCCUUCAAGGACAUCUCGCUGGACCUGGUGUUCCCCAAGGAGCGCGCCGUCUUCAUCCUGAACGGCAAGAGGCUGCAGCUGCUGGAGCCGCUGGACCGCGACGCCGACAACCUCUCGCACAUCGUGUUCCAGCUGACGUGCACCGUGAGGUCGUCCAACAAGAAGAGGACCAUCCCUGUGAUCGCGCGGGUCACAGACAUCAACGACAACGCCCCUGUGUUCGUGCGGACGCCCUACCACACCGCCGUGUCCGAGCUGACGCCCGUGGGCACGACGGUGUUCCGCGGCGUGCUGGCCGAGGACGCGGACGCCGGCGUGAACGGCCAGGUGGACUACUUCGUGGUGCCGGGCGACGGCUCGGGCCUGGGGCUGACGGGCGGCGUGGGCACGCAGCGCCUCAACGUGGCCGACGGCUACGGCUACUUCGCCGUCGAGCUGCCGCACCAGGGCCAGGUCACCGUCAACCGCAGCCUCGACUACGAGAAGACGCAGCGCUACCUCGUCACCGUGGUCGCCUCGGACCGCGCGCGCAACUCCUCGGACAAGCUGUCGGCCACCACCACGCUCACGGUGGACGUGAAGGAUGACGACGACCAGGACCCGUCCUUCGUGUACCAGGGCUGCAUCUCCAUGGACGGCGUGUGCGUCAACCCCGAGUACAAGGCGUCCGUGUCGAGCGGCAAGCUGGCCGGAGUGCUGGACGUGCACCCGGAGAAGAUCCAGGCGGUGGACAUGGACAUGCUGAACGCGCCCAUCAGGUACAGCUUCCUGAGCGGCGCGCCGCCCAGCUACUCGGACUACUUCGACAUCGACCCGCAGUCGGGCGCCGUGCGCCAGACCCGCCCCGUCGACACCUCCGUGGCCAAGCGCUUCGAGAUCAUCGUCAAGGCGGAGGAGGUGUCGGAGAUGCGGCGGUCCACCACGGCCAAGCUGCUGGUGACGGUCAAGCCGGUCGACAGUCACCCGCCCGAGAUCCGGGCCUCCGCCGUGGACGGCUUCGCGGACGAGAACGCCCCCGUGGGCUCCCGGGUGGUCGACGCGGACGGGCACCCCAUCGUGCUGAGCGUCACCGACCCGGACCUGGGUCCGGACGACCCGAAGCCGAACUACUCGUUCGAACUGACGACCACUUUCUUCAGGAUCGACGGCAACGGAACUCUGCUGGUGAACGAGAAGAAUCUGGACAGGGAUCCGCCGAGCCCUGGCAAAUUCAGGUUCCAGGUGGUGGCGCGGGAGUCCCCGGGAACGGCAGCCAGCGCCCCGCUGUCGCUGGCUGUCACUCUGAACGACGUCAACGACAACGCCCCCAAGAUACCCAUGAUCCCCCCUGUGCAGGUGCCGGCCGGCGAGGGGAGGAGGCCGAUUGUCAAAAUAGAGGCGACAGACGACGACGUGGGUGUGAAUGCCGAGAUCACGUACAGCAUCUACCAUGUGUCCAACAAUGGCAUGCAGAAGUUCAAAAUUGACCCCAAAACUGGUGUCAUCGAAGCAAUCGGGAAGCUGAAUGCUGGGGAACAGUAUAGCAUUUUCAUAAGGGCGGCGGACGCGGGCGGCAUGUCGAGCCAGAACGUGGUGGAGGUGGCGGUGGUUCCAGGCCCCAACACGCGCAGCCCCGUGUUCCAGCAGCCGACCUACCAGCUGGAGGUCAGCGAGGGAGUGUCCGUCAACUCCAGCAUCGCCACCGUCACGGCCGUGGAUCCGGAGAAUGAUCCGGUCACGUACUCCAUAGUGUCCGGCAACGAUUUACGCCAGUUUGCGAUUGGCGACAAAUCGGGAGUCAUCACGGUCAUCCGCAAGCUGGACCGCGAAGAUCUCACUAGAUACCAGCUGUUGAUCAAGGCGGAAGACACGGGAGGACUCUCCAGCACUGCGACUGUGAACAUCAGGGUGACGGACAUCAACGACAAGAACCCGGAGUUUGUGGGCCUCCCGUACGAGUUCCGGGUGCGUGAAGGAGAGGCCAACCAGAAGAUUGGAAACGUGCACGCGGUGGAUGCAGACGAGGGUCAGAACGCGGUCGUCUACUACUCCGUCCCGGACGACAUUCCGUUCGCGGUGGAUGCCAUGACGGGGGAAGUUCGCACCCGAGUCGCCCUGGACUACGAGAAGCAGAAGGACUACAAGUUCGUGGUGACGGCGAAGGACGGCGCGCCGGACGCCCGCCUGUCCACGGCGACGGUGACGGUGCAGGUGCUGGACGUGGAGGACGAGCUGCCAGUGUUCCACCUGCCGAGCUACGAGGCGCUGGUCCCCGAGAACACCCCCGGCUACAUCGUCACGCAGGUCCAGGCGGACGACCCGGACACGAACCAGCGGAUCACGUACGUGAUCAAGCAGGGGCCGACGGACCUGUUCUCCGUGGACCCGCGCACAGGCGUGGUCACCACGCUGCGGGGGCUGGACUACGAGCGGGAGAGCCAGCACACCCUCGUGGUGGGCACCCUGGAGAACAACGGCAACCAGCCGGGGGCCACCACCCGGGUCAUCGUCAACGUGCAGGACCGCAACGACAUCCCGCCGGUGUUCACGACGGUGCCCCAGCCUGUCCAACUGGACGACGACGUCUCGAUCGGCACCACCGUCGUCACGCUCGUGGCCACAGACUCGGACGGCACCGCCCCCAACAACAAAGUGCGCUACGAGCUGAUCCCGCGCGGCAGGUCCAACCAGUUCUUCCAGAUCGACCCGGACACGGGCGCCGUGCAGGUGCGCGACGACCUGCGCAAGGACUCGGCCAGCGAGUACGAGAUCGACGUGAAGGCGUACGACCUGGGGGAGCCGCAGCUGUCGUCCAUCACCACGGUGCCCGUGCUGGUCCGGCACGUGUCCACGGUCGCGCCCGAGGUGGGCGUGGGCUUCGCGGACUCGGAGUACAGCGCGCUGCUCCCCGAGAACUCCUCGGCCAGCGCCCUUGUGAGGACCCUCGCCGUCAUCAACGGCCACGCACACCGUGGGGACGCCACGCUGCGGUGCUCCAUCGUCGGCGGCGACGAGGAGGGACUGUUCUUCACCAACAUGACGGCGGAUAAGAACUGCGAGCUGCGCCUGAAGACGGCCGGCCUGGACCACGAGAAGCGGGAGAAGUACGUGGUCACGCUCGGCCUGCAGGCUCGCUCCGGGAUCGUCAACCCGGAGCGCAACACCACAGUGGUGAAGGUUCACGUGUCGGACGUGAACGACAACAAGCCUCGCUUCCUGUUCCCGGAGACGAGCAUCGCGGCGGCCAAGAGCAAGUACUUCGCGGCCAUCCCACAGGACUCCGCCAUCGGCACGUCCGUGCUGCACGUCGAGGCGGAGGACGCGGACAGCGGGCGGCUGGGCCAGGUGCAGUACGCCAUCCUGCGGGGGCCCACGGCCGCCGAGUACUUCUCCGUGGACAAGGGCUCGGGCGUGGUGAAGAGCAAGCGCACCCUGGAUGACGUGCAGCCAGACAUGCUGCCGCUGCGCUUCACCGUGGAGGCCCGGGACAACCCCCAAGCCCCCAACAACUCCCUCUCCGCCGAGGCCCCCGUCGUGGUGAACCUGAUAGCGGAGCGGCACCGCCUGGUGCUGGUGAUCCGGGACGCGCGCCAGGACGCCGUGCAGGACGCGCUGCCGGCCGUGCUGGCCGUGCUGCAGGAGCGCUCGGGGCUGGUGGUGGGGGCGGAGAGGCUGGGCGCCCGCCAGUACCAGGGCCCCAACGGCACCCUCGGCCUGGACCCCGCCGGCACCGACGUGUGGUUCUACUGCGUGGACCCCGACUCCGAGCUGAUCCUCGACGGGAACAGCUCCCGCGUGCAGAGGUCCGUGCUGGAGAAGUCGUCGCAGAUGCUGGCGGACGUGAGCGGCGCGGUGCACGCGACCGCAGACGACAUCCACUUCCCGCUGGUGGCGCCCAGGCCGGUGGCGGCGGUGGCCAUCUCCUGGGAGAUGUUCCCCUACGCCCUCAUCGUCAUCGCCGUCAUCAUCGUGGUGCUGGGCUUCGUGGGCAUCAUCUACAUCUGCAUCUCCUGGUCCAGGUACAAGGCCUACAAGGACCGCAUGCAGCGCAUGUACGUGGUCCCGCGCUACGACCCCGUCUUCGUCGAGCCAAACCUCAAGGAGUACGAGACGCAGGUGCUGCAGAUGAGUGUGCCGCUGGAUGACAACGACAGCUACAACGACCUUCAGCUGGACUUCAGCAGCAAGAACCACGCCUUCAGCCUGGACAACGUCAGCUACAUCACCAAGGAGAACAACGGUAGCGCCGGCCAGCAGAGCCCGGUGAGUUCGGACGCUGCGACCACGGCGCGGGCUUCCAGCGUCACCGGCGGCACGGACUCUGCGCGCAACAACGACCUGGCAAGACUCGACCUGCCGGUCACCAACCCCGUGUACCAGAGCCAGUCGUCGGACAACGACAUGAGUCACCACAUGAACGCGAGCGCGACCAACGAGAACGUGACGUUCCGGGAGAAGAAGGACUACUCGCACCUGGGCUUCACCUACCUGGGCGACCGGUCUCCGGUCGAGACGACCACGGAGUUGUAGCGAGGGCGGUCGGAGCUCAAGAGUUCACGGUCUAGUCAAAAGAGACGUUCGCAAGAACUGCAACCGAGAGCUAGUGGCGCUAGGCGAGGUAGUUAGGCGGGCUCACGUCCCAGAGGCUCCUGCGAAACUGUGCCAACAUUGAAACUAUCUGCAUUCCUGGAAGUGGUGACAACCAGCUAUGUAGCACCUUCACAUAGAAAACAUUAGCUUCUUGAGAUGCCAAAAAUCAUCUUCCAGAUCCCAUACACCUGCAAGUAAAUGAUUCUGCCAGAGGACGCACUCUCCCUCCCAGGUUUGCCAAUGUUUGCAAAAUGAAAUACUAUGUCAGGAUUUGAUCCGUCACCGACUUAAAUGAGAUGCUUCUCACUGUUUCCUGGCUAAUAUUUUUGACAGGCUCUGUUUUUGUCAUUACUCACCAUAUACCACUGAUAUUUAACUUCUGUCGUUUGAUCAACACUCAACUAUCCAACAAAAUGCACUUUUGAGAAGAUACAUAUUAUCUUAAAAUAAGCUAUAAAAAAAUAAUUUUGCUUUGUUAGAACAAGAAUCUUGUAAAAUAGUUUGCAAGAAUAAGGAAGCAUUUCAGUGAUAUUUACAAAAUUUUAUAUAUGUUUUAUUAUUUUUAUCUGGGUGUGAAAAGAUGUACAUCAGUGUCAUAAUGAUAUUUUCUCAUCAUACAAAUUAUAGACUUAGCAAAGCAAGCACAGUUUGCAGUAGCAAAAGGAAAUACUUUUGUAACAUUUACAGUUAUAUGGUGCAGUAAGUAAUGGUUUGCAAAUUAGGAAAGUAUAAUUUGCUGCGAAUUAUGUGUGUGUGUGCGUGUGUGCUGUUGUGUAGAACUGACUCAGAAGUUUAGUCAUUUGUUAGUUUAAGGGAUGAAAUUGGCUUCGUCAAUGCCAACGAAUUAGUGUUAUCACGUCCGUCCAGUUUGUGAUAGAACGCAUUAGCUUAAGUCAACCUGUGCACAGAUUUUCAGGAAAACACUUAAAAAGAAAUGUAUUUUAAGAUGAUGUUACUUUGUCAAAUAGAAUCCAUUGUGAUGUGUUCACAUUUCUCCAUUUUCAAGUGAAGUGAGCAAACCCAACAUGAUUCAAGUGUGACAGGUAGAAGAAGAACUUCAUGGGGUCUAGUCUGACUUCCCCUCGUGGUUUAGUCGGCACAGUCCGAGAAGCAAGUUCGAGCUCAGUCUUCUCCUUUUUACAUUUCUUGGACUAACAUCUGUCGUCUGUUGCUUUUUGCAUGUUGUACACCAGCUGCCUGUCAGAUCAUGGAUCAGUUGAAUGAACAAAAAGGAAAGAAAAAAGAGCCAGUUAGAGUGUGUGUUAUACUGCAGUGUGGUUUGGUUAGAGGCAAGAUUAUAUGGUCAAAUGCACUGAAACAGAAAUAAAACCCCACUUGAAUGCCGUCUUAACUCACAAGUGUGCGUGAGUGUAAAAACUAGAGCUGGGCCGACACUGAUUUCCGAUAAUCAGCCGAUGCCGUUGUCUUACCGAUCAUCACGAUCGGAAUCAUGCUUGCAGAUAUUUCACGCCGAUCAGCUACAGUACGUACCCACAGAAGGGUCAGCCCAGCAUAUAGCUUGUAUAUAUAGUUUUGAACAUAAAAGCUAACACUUUCACCGUACAGGUCACCCUCGAAUUUGUAUCUGUCUUCAAUAGAGUUCCAUGGAUACAAGUGAAGUCUUCAUGUUCCGCGUCUCAGCUCAUCGGCAUGUAAGAAGUGCGGCACUUGAUGUUGAGCCUCUGACCUUAUUCUGGGACAACAAACAAAGGAAAAGAAUGCUAUUAUUUAUACCCACGUUCGCCUUCUUGUCUACUGCAUGUAACUUUUUUUUUCUACCCGUCCCUUUUGUGAAUGGAGGAAAGGCGGCAAGCUACUCUGGUCAGUCACUUCGAAAAUAAAAUAAAAAUUAAAAAAACUGUAAUCCUACUACAGCAAACUAAAUAGUAAGAAACAAGUUAGUUGCUGAUUACUAUCGUAUUCUAAAUUAAUUAGACAAGUCUUUUGAUAUCUUCAAUAUUUAUGUUUUACAUAUUUAGUUCUAUUGAAGUCUUCUGGCAUUUUCACAUUUUAACUUAAUAUUUAAUAAAAAAAUAUAUUGCAGAUGUCCAUAUAAAAUUUGUUGUAAAUAUUUAAAUCCAAACCCAGAAUUAAUUUUUAAUAAACAUAAGGAAAACUUGUAGUAAUUACAAUUUUACAUUCAAGCAAUAUUAAUGUCAUUUAUGUGAGUUUUUCAGGCUGAAUCUUAAUUUUAGGUAAAUGAAAUACUGAGUUGUGACAAAAUGAUCACUUUAGACUUCCCAUUGCAUAUUAAGACACAAGGCUUAAUGUGUAUUUCAAAAUAGGUAUGUUGUGUGACAAAAAAACUUCUAGUGUAGGAAUGAAACCAGGAACUGAAAAGCAUAGGCAGCAUGGCAAAAUAAAUAGAAUAUUUAUUUGUGCUAUUGCAGUUUUGUUAUUCAUUUAUAAAGCUCGUUACUCAUGGAGUGAGGCAACCAUAAAAGUUUUACUCACAAUGGAGGAAAAAUUUUAGAAUGUCAUAUCAAUUUGAGUACAUGCUUCAACAAGUAGUGAACAUGGAAGCAUAUGCUCAUGGUUUUAAUAUAAUUUUUAUUUUUACUCAUUGCAUCCAAAGUUUUAUGCACUUGUAUUUUUUUAGUAUUUGCCAGCCGAUUGAAAUUCCCUCUGAUCUCAAGUACGCACUCACGCCUCAUGUCGAUCAAGACAAAAGUAAAACCAUAUAAUCUUGCCUCUCAUCAGCGGCAAGCGCUCUGACCUGUGUGUAUAUGCGUGCAUGCAUGUGUGUGUAUAUGCGUACAUGCAUGUGCCACUGUCCGGCCAGGUCAAUAAACACACGGCUUCCUGUAUUUGUGCAUCAGUGUGCAGUAAUUAUUAUGAAGUGCCUUUUUUUCUACAUCAACGUGGUUUGUAUGGCUCAAGUUAUUUUGUUGUAAAUAGUGUAAUAAAAUAAACCAUGUUUUUAAUCAUAUUUUUAUAAAAUGUAUAUGAAAAAAAGAAUGUUUAUCAUUAUUACUGUUAUGAAGGGCAUAAGACAAUAACUGUACUAAGAAGUUAUUAUACGGGCAAAUUUUGCUGUCCCAAGUUUUACCACAAAUAUCUAUUAUGUUAAUUUUUGAUAACUGUACCAGUGUAUGUAGACUACAUGUCACACUAUCAAGGACUGUUCUGAACUUCUGAAUUUUAACAAUAAAAAUUUUUUUCUGUUAAAAUUGCUCAGAAUGUUAAUGUUUAUGUAAACUGAUCUAUGAAAUUUCAUAACUGAACCUUUUUUUCCCCCCCAGUUUGAGUAACUGUGAAUGAUGAUUUAAUUUCUUUUAAAGCAUUGCCUGCUAUUUUUAUCUUAAUUUUUCUAGUUAGUGGUCAUUAACUGUAUUAAAAAGUAUGGUUGGUUGAAAUACCUUCUUUAAAUACCCUUCAUUUUAUAUUCUUCUUUUCUACUUCCACACAGGGUUAAAAAGGUGUGCUUAGGUUCACACCAAGUUGAUUGUAAUAGUUAGUCAUUUAUAUUAAUUGUUAUAUCUGUAAAUUCAUUACAAUAGUCCUCAUGGAUUUGUUGUUUAGUCACAAAUUUUGUCACCAAAAUGUCACACAAUUCAUAAUUUUAGUGAUGUACAGGUAUGACUUAACUGAUUAUCACAUAAUAUUUUCAACAAAUAAAUGGAAAGCAAGGACAAUUACAUAUUAUUCUGACGUGUUACCAUCAUUAAAUUAUUUAAAAUUAACUGUUUAGGCCUCGGCUAGGACUAAAGAAGUUUGUUUUAAUCAUUUGAUACAUAGGUACUAAUGUUAAUAAUUCAGCACUGGAAAGUUGUUAUGCAGAAAUACAAUUUUUUUCUUCAAAUUUUUAGUCUCCAAAAAUCCUUUCUAACCAUCAAGAAGUUAUUCUCUAAGUCACACAACUUUGAAUAUCAGAGUUUAUAACUGAAAGAAUAACUAGAAACUUGAUGUAGUCCACGAGGAAUUCAGCAGAGAAGAGAAGUAUCUAUCGCAAGCUGGCAGUCACUCAAGUUAUUAAAAUAGUCUUUCCAAGACACCACUAUUUACUGCAUUGAGAAAUUCAACAGACUGGAACCAGGAAUUUCACCUCAUCUUAAUUGGUGUUGGGUACUUUUUGUCAGAUGUGUGGCAUAUAUGUGCUUCCAUUUUCUUGCAUUCAAAAAUAAAUGUUUGACAUUACUAAACAAAUGUAUUCAGCUCUGACGGAGCGACACCACAAACUUGCGAUGAGAUUUAGUUUGUGCGCCCAGCACUGAACAUGAAGCAUUUUCUCAUAAAAUACAACCUUUUAAGAGUGUACACAUUUAGCCAGAUAUCGUGCAAAUUCACUCUCGUAAGCAACUAUGUAUUUUUUUCAAACUUGAUGUCGAGUUGUGCAACAAUCGAUAAAAUUGCACUGUCCGGUUCUUGUACACCACCACAAAUAAAUUUUGGUCACUGGUACUAGCAAGAACACAAACUAAAAUAUUUAAAACACAUAUCCCUUCUUGUAAUUAGUUUUAAAUAGAAGCGCAACUUUCUGGUUUUCCAUCUGCUUUAUUCACCGUGUCUUAAUACCCGAGCACUUGAAAUAUCUCCAGCACCUGUAAUAAUAAAGGGAAGGAUUUUAUGUUGUAGUUUGGACUAAGACAAAUAUUUUAAGAAUCUUUGAGUCUUACCACAGUUAAAACACGGUCUGCAUAGCUAGGCCUACUUACCAGGUACAUAUGUUUGAAGCCAUGCAUGGGCAGUCAUUACCUCCCUUGUCUGCUGACAUGUUGGAUCUAACUAUGAAUGUACAUGUCGGUGAAGUCCACAAUGGAUUCUUGUUUUUUUUUCACAGCUGCUCUGCCCGUGAUCAGUUCCACUGGUAAUGCUGGAAUCGUUCAUUGCAACGGGUCACGAGUAAGAUAUAAUGAAAUUAUUUUGAAUCAUGUUCAUCACCCACCGAGCUUGGCUGCCUGCACUAAGUCAGUCAGGGAGUGGCUCAGUCAGUCAGUCAGUCAGUCAGUCAGUCAGUCAGUCAGGGCCAGCUGAAUGGUCCGCCAAGCGAAGGUUGAGCAGAGCUUGCACGCAGGGGGCAAGGUAGGGGAUAUAUCCCCACUUCCCCCUCAAAAAUCCUAAAAAAAUUAUAUUCCCACCAACAAAAGGAAAUAAAUUGAAAGCAAUCAGCGGGAAACGUGGUUCUAGGUAUUUCCUCCCCUCCUCCAACUGAAAUCUUGCAUGGUAGUGGGGCAUCGGUGAUAGUCGAAGCUGAACCUUAAUGACGCCCAGGUAAGAAUAGAGGCUCCACGCACGAGUCAUGCCCUGAGACGUCAGUGAGGUCUCUGUGCCCAUUCUGUCCAUUUAUACCUAAACACACAUCAGAGGACUGCAGGGCUGAAAACCUCUUCAGGCAAGCUACUGUCUUUUAUUUUAUAGUAAAUUAAUUAGUAAACCUCUUCUCAGUUUAUGACUCCCUGGUACAAUGAAUACAAGGACUAGCAAAAAAAAGCCAUUUCUUCAAGCAAUUUUUUAAUUCAUGGCAUGAGUAAUUUAUAGCUAAUAUACUACCUCUUCUACAUUUAUACCUUCCUGGUCAGAUUCUUGUUUUUGGCAGGUAAUACUGUCUUUUUGUCAUUUUUUAAAUUUAUACUACCUCUUCUGCAUUUAUACCUUCCUGGUCAGAUGAGCUUGUUUUUGGCAGGUGACUGUCUGUUUGCCACUGUUUGGUUAAUGACACCUCUUCCUUGUUUCUGACUCCCUGGUAGAACAAAAAUAAAUUAGCUGGAGAUCAUGAAUGGAGUUAGGAAUGGCCAGGAAACUAACUGCAUACUUUUUAACCUUGCUAUCGCCAUAUUGUAUACACCCAAAAAAUCGUGGAAAUUGUGUGUGUCCAAGCUGAUGAUGGUUAGUAAUUAAGAAUUAGAAUCUUCGUUGUUAAAAACAAUUACUUUCAUAAAAAAAAAUUUCCACACUGCAAAUACUGCACUUCAGCCAAUGUUCUGGGUGUUAAACCAGUAUGGCACAACAAUUAGCUGAAGGAGAAAAAGGGCAUCAUGCAUCAGUUAGCAAGUAAUCAUGCAGAAAUGAUCGACCACCCCUGGGAUAGAUGCUUUUAUUUUUUUUGGCAGGUGCUGUCAUGUACUGAGCCUGUUGAAAUAAUAGUACCUCCUCUUUGUUUCUGACUUCCUGGUAGAAUGAGAUAUGUUAUUUAUUUAUUUAUUUCCUUCUGCAUUAUUGAAUGA